AUGAGGGAAAAGCAGGAAGGCGAGGACCUGGGAUUGGAGAGGGAGAUAAAAAGAGAGCCUGUGAAGCUGGCUAAGGAGAAAGAGGAACAGAGCAGCAACAGGAGCAGGAGGAGCAGGAGCAGCAGCUGGAGCAGCAGGAGGAGAGGCAGUAAGAGCAGCAGCAGGAGCAGUAGGAGCAAAAGCAUUAGCAGGAGCAGCAACAGGAGCAGGAGGAGCAGGAGCAGCAGCUGGAGCAGCAGGAGGAGCAGAGGCAGUAAGAGAAGCAGCAGGAGCAGUAGGAGCAAAAGCAUUAGCAGGAGCAGCAAUAGGAGUAGGAGCAGCAGCUGGAGCAGCAGCAGGAGCAGCCGGAGCAGAGGCAGUAAGAGCAGCAGCAGGAGCAAAAGCAUUAGCAGGAGCAGCAAUAGGAGCAGGAGGAGCAGGAGUAGCAGCAGUAGGAGCAGGAGGAGCAGAGGCAGUAAGAGAAGCAGCAGGAGCAGUAGGAGCAAAAGCAUUAGCAGGAGCAGGAAAAGCAGGAGUAGCAGCUGGAGCAGGAGGAGCAGCAGGAGCAGAGGCAGUAAGAGCAGCAGCAGGAGCAGUAGGAGCAAAAGCAUUAGCAGGAGCAGCAAUAGGAGCAGGAGCAGCAGCAGGAGCAGGAGGAGCAGAGGCAGUAAGAGAAGCAGCAGGAGCAGUAGGAGCAAAAGCAUUAGCAGGAGCAGGAAAAGCAGGAGUAGCAGCUGGAGCAGGAGGAGCAGCAGGAGCAGAGGCAGUAAGAGCAGCAGCAGGAGCAAUAGGAGCAAAAGCAUUAGCAGGAGCAGCAAUAGGAGCAGCAGCAGCAGCAGGAGCAGGAGGAGCAGAGGCAGUAAGAGAAGCAGCAGGAGCAGUAGGAGCAAAAGCAUUAGCAGGAGCAGGAAAAGCAGGAGUAGCAGCUGGAGCAGCAGGAGCAGAGGCAGUAAGAGCAGCAGCAGGAGCA